CAUGGCUGCGUGUGGGCAAUGCUGAUGCCUGAAUUUUCAGCCCACAAGAGAAAUGCCUGUCCUUGGUGAAUUGCUCAAUAUGCAGAAUGAAAAAGAAUGCCAAGUUCCUGUGCUCAUUCCUUCCGGCAGAGCAAUGAGGAGGGAAAAGCAAGCUGCUCUUGGGCAAGAGCCUUUUUCACUUUUCUCCAGACUCUUCUCUUGUCCCCUUUGAUGCUCGGCUGGCAUGGAGAAGCUCGUGCACCUCAUCUUCUUGAUCUUCUUGUCAGCACCCUGUGCUGCAGAGAACGUCACUGUGGUGUACGGAAUGGAGGGGGACACCAUUUCUGUCAACUGCACCUAUAACCCCUGGCAGCAGCGGUGGAGAGAAAAGAGCUGGUGCAAACAGAUCGACGAGACCACGUGCCAACACGUGGUGAGUGCCCGACGCUUCUGGCUGCCGUUCCUAAAGAACAGGAACGGCACCACCUCCAUCAGUGACAACGUCCGUGAGGGCGUCCUGACAGUGACCAUGAAGCGACUCAGGAAGCAGGAUGCUGGGCUGUACCAGUGCAAAACUGACUACCUGGGGGAAACAAACAGCUUAAGGAAGGUGCAAGUGGAAGUGCUGACAGCUGUCCUGGACACCCAAAUGCCAGAGGAGCCUAGAGCUGUGCAGAGCAUCUCCAGCAUCCCUCCUGAAGCUGAUUUCACCGUCUUCUAUAUCAUUGCUGGAUUCCUGGUUACUAAGUUUGCGGUGGCUGUGCUGAUGUUUAUCAUUGGCAACAGUAGGAAGAACAGAGAAACAGAGCAGAAGAACCCAAGCUUGAAUGAGCAGCAGGUCCUCCCUUUUGCUGAUGGCUCUGCACGUGGAAGAAUCAGCCCCUCCUGGGAGAGCACUGCUUAGGGCCAAACCACAGGGAUUCCACAGAGAAAUGAACAUCGAGCAUUUGCAGGCAAAGCUUUGCCACCUGCCUUAAGAAAAGGAUCGCCUGCUAAACACAGAUAUCGAUGAACCCAUCACUCUGGAGAGGGAAUGUCACCAUCUACCACCUCUUCUCAUUGGCGCCGACCAACUUUUGCCAACACAACUGAACUGAAAAGAUGCUGCCAGUAACCCCUGAACCUAGUGGAAGAGGACAGGAUCAAGGGCCAGAGGGAAAGGAGGAAUAUGAAGUCUUUCUGUCAAGAGAUUCAGCACAGACUUAUCUAUGUGCAAAGAUGCUUCCCCAGGCAUGGUGAAGGUGAGAGAGCUCUACUCAGUUUUCCCCCAGCUCAUUGCUAGGCCAGAAAAAAAAAAAAACAAACCCGCUACUCUAUCCAGCUACUGGCAAAUGCUUUGUUAUAAAUGAAACUACAGAUACACCAGUAAACAGAAGUUCAGGUAACACAUCUCAACAACCCUGUGUCGAGCAACUCACAAACACAUCCACAUAAUGUAAAAAUGGAGACAUGGUUUUGUCUCAAAUCUCCAAGAAAUCUCUCAUGAUUCACUGAAGAUCAGUGUUAAAGAACUAAUAGCUUUUUUGAAGGUGUCCUACAUGUCUCUAUAAAACACUCAAAUGCUUCCCCUGAAAGCAUGAAAUGUAACUAGCACUAGAUGAUUUGUAUUGAAAGCUAACAUUAUUAUUAUUUGUCUAAAAAUCAGCUUUACUGAGACUCCACUCUCUAAAUACUGAAGCUUUUGACACACUUCUGGCAAUGCAGUGCUCUGCUAUCAUCUCCAGUCAGUGCCAGGAGCUGUGCCACGGCACCACACAGAGUCAUCCCAGUACUCAUCAUCCCCAGCAUCAUUCUACCAGGGUUUGAACUGAGACCCACCAGCUUCAAGUCAUCUCAGAGCGCUGACAGGUGAGAGGAGAUUCCGUCUCUCAAAAACUGCCUUGGACAGUGUGGAUCCCUGGUGAGCAGCCGCUGGGAAAGGCAGAAGGAACCACAGAACACAACAGAAAGGGCUGUGAAGUCUACGUGCAGCUCUGAACCUGCUGCCUCAUUUCUCAAAUGACUUUGUGAACAAAGAAUGAACUGCCUCUCUGUGUUUCUCCCUGUAUUUUUUCUCCCCUCUCAAGGGGAUGUUAAUAACAUGUGAUCAUUGUUCAUGACUCCCCAAAGUGAAGCUGCAUUUAGCUCUCCCAGGAAGACCCCAAACCCAAGGGCAUUCACACUUCUUUUCCCUGCACUGCCUGCAAAGCUAAAUAAAA